CUCUGUAGCGGAUGUCGGCGAGUCUCGGUUAAGAUUCCGCACUGAAUUCUCCUUCCUGUUCGGGGCCUUUCACAUUCCUCACACAGCAACAGGGAGGGGGAGGAGAAGAAGAGCAGCAGGAGGAGGGGGGAGAAAAAGGGAUGAGUGUCAGCUUUUCUCCCUAAAUCUGAUCUAACCCUCGGAUCAGGCGGCGCGUCCUGAAGCCGGAGUGUGGGCUCGGGUCCGGACGGACAGGAGAAUGAUCAGCGAUCAGAGAAUAUAACGGUCCGCUUGUCGCGCACUGAUACACUUGAAAGACUUUGGUAACUUUGUAGUCUUUCUUGUGUUCGUGCGCGCGCCAGAGGAACGCAUUUGUGAAGGAUCUUGUGAGUAUGAUGUCUGUCUCUCUGAUCCUCCUGCCACGUCUCGAUCUGUGCUCAGACGAACAGAACCUCGUUACCCCGAGCUGCGCUUCAUCUCAGACCUUAUUUGGUCCUGUAGCUUCUCUCGUGCUUUUGAGUGAGUCGCGAACUUUAUGGAAUGGCCUCAGCGGUGUUUGAGGGAACCUCCCUGGUCAACAUGUUCGUGAAAGACUGCUGGGUUAACGGCAUCCGGAAGCUGAUUAUAAACCCCCGGGGAGAGGAAGAGGAGUUCUUCCACAUUCGGACCGAGUGGUCGGACAGAACCGUCCUGUACCUCCACCGCAGUUCUGCGGAUUUGGGGCGACUUUAUAAAAGACUUUUGGAAUGUUUCCCGGAAGACAGAGGACAUUUGUCACAGUUAAUAGAAGGUCUCAUGAAGAUUAAAGAGGCGAAGGACAUUGAGGUCAGGCUGAAUGAGGUGGAGAGACUGCUGAAGAAUACCAUCAAUAUGCCUUGGAAGUUUUCCAAAUCAGAGGUCAUCUUAACGUUCUUUGAACGUUCACCACUAGAUCAAGUGCUGAGGAAUGACAAAAUCCAGAAGAUACAGCCGUUCCAGAAACCCAUCAAGAUAUCAGAGAUUAUGAGGUCAAAUGGGUUCUGCCUGGCAAACACAGAGACCAUUGUAUUUGAUGAUAAUGUUACUCAGGAUAAAGAUAGACCAUCGUCUACAGACUCUGCCCAGCAUUUGUAUGAUGAGGAUGGGAAAGAGUGUCAGUCUGCGGAACAGGACGUCAGUGAUGAUGACACAGAGGCAUAUGUCACCAACCUGUCCUAUUACCACCUAGUACCCUUCGAGACAGACAUCUUGGAGUGAAGGGACAUUGUAUUGUGUGUGUGUGUAGAUGCUGAUGCUUUAAAUCUCCACUCCAACAGUGCAAAAAGAUGUUGCUGAAUGGCUCAUGGCUGCUUGUAGUUCAGGCUGCUCGCUAGCAGUGUUUAUAGAUGGCUGAUGGAGAUGGUGUGCGUAUAUAGACAGUCCAUUAGGUAGACAAUACAUACCUGUGACUGUUGCCACGCUGACCUGUGCCUAUGAUGCUGUUCUCACCCAUGUGGUUUAGAAAUCCAGUCCAAUUUAAAGAAAAUGUUUCAAGCCAGUGGAAUCACUAUGAUUAGUCACUGUAGAGCCGUGCUAUCAUUAUACGGUAAGUGAAUGACUGAGCAAGUCUCGUAAAAUCUCAAAACAUGUUAGUUGUGGCUUUGUGAAAAUGUACAGAAAAUGUAUUUAGAAGAAUUACUUUAACAACUAUGAUGCAAUAGACAAUUGCUAGCCAUUUCAUGGCAACUAUAUGAUCUGCUAAUAUGAGAUUAAGUAAAAAACCCACUGAAAACUCAGUUUCUUGUUACGUAAUGCAGUUAAGAGAGUGACUGACUAAAUCUGGACAUGCUGAGGUCUCCUCGUAGUAUAAAGGGUUAAGCUAUUGGCACAGUGGCAAUGUAGAUAAGAGAAUAAAGAUAAUAGCUGAAACAUUGUCACAGCAUGCAAAGGCAAUCCAACUCAAUUUCAUAUUUCUCAAUCUUGCUCAGCAGGCCUAUACAUUGGGUCGGUUAGGAUAGGAUAGACAAUGAGAAGAGCAGAGAUGCAUGCAGGUAAAAAUCAAUUUCAGGGCUUUAAUCCAAAAAAUACCCCAGGGUGAACAAACUGAACCAGUUAAAACAAGGCCCCACAAAAACACAGGUGAAAUCUGUUUAAAAAAAAACCCCACAGAGUUAAACACAGUGUCUAAUCCAAACACUUGAGUGGGUGGACAAGAAUGCAAGGGACAUGCAUGGAAAAUAGGGCUACAGAAGGCUAACAAAAAACGCUAAGUAGUCUUGGCAAAAGAGCAACCUAGACUAAAAUCAAAGAAUGAAACUGAUCUCGGGUGGCACGGUGGUGUAGUGGUUAGCGCUGUCGCCUCACAGCAAGAAGGUCCGGGUUCGAGCCCCGUGGCCGGCGAGGGCCUUUCUGUGCGGAGUUUGCAUGUUCUCCCCGUG